GUGGGACCACACCAAUGAGUAAGGGACACGUAUGGUGGAACAGGGAUUAACGACACGUUGGGACGUUGAACUCGAAUAACCUCAUCUCCAACGCGUUAACGUUCUCCACUCAUCACUGCCGUUGGUUCUUCUUCUUCUACUUCGUCUUACCCAGGGAUGGCUUAUGUUCAGUAUGGAAAUGCAAAUUGCAACUCUUUAUUCCAAAAGUUUGCAAUUUUCCAUGUUGGUACUUCUGCUUUGCCAUUCUUCCAGCCGGGGGUAAACUCUUGUACAAUUUUUAACAGAGUAAUUCCCCUGUGCUUAAACGGAAAGAGGAGUUUUGCUUUGUCAGAAAAUAGAGUUAAUUGCAAGUUGCCAAAGAAAGAGAGAUUCUCUAUCCCUACAAGUAGAAAUUCUUCCAACCCUAGUGGAAGUACGGAUGAACCCUCUAAAGAGAAAGAGAAGACACCAUUUGGAUAUACAAGGAAAGAUGUCCUGUUAAUUGGAGUUGGGGUUACUUUACUUGGCAUUGGCUUAAAAAGUGGAUUAGAGUUUGCUGGAGUUGAUUCACUACAAGCAGGAAAUGUGGUUCAGCUAGUGCUGGUUUUGGGCCUCACAGUUGGGUGGAUCUUCACAUAUGUGUUCAGAGUUUCAAACAAGGAAAUGACAUAUGCACAACAAUUACGUGACUAUGAAAGUAAAGUAAUGGAGAAGCGUUUAGAGUCCCUAACAGAAGCAGAGCUACAAGCACUGCUUGAAGAAGUUGAGGAAGAGAAGAGACGCUAGCUAGUGGUGCGCAGGUGAACAGAAGUAGCUUGUUUGUAUAUAUAUAUAUACACUGAAAUUUUGCCAAACUCAUUGAAACAGAAAUUUGAAUCUAUAUGGAAAUGGAAACUAGUUCAGAGAGGUUUUAGCUAUGUUUUCUUCAGUUUACUCACGGACAAAGGGACGAGAGUUCAAAAUUCUUAUGAUGGUAAUGCUUUUAAAAUCCAUAUAUUUUGUGACUUUUUCUGUGA